UAGGGCACAGGUAAGGCUUUUGAGAGGGAAAUUCGGAACCAAGGGAGGGUAAGGCUAAACGGAUUCUCGUCGGUGGGAAUUCGAUCAUUGUUCGUCGGCAAAGGCAAGACGAUCAGACACCAGGCACGUAAACGGAGGUGUAUGUUUUUCCCUCCGGAGAAUCUGAUUUUGAUGUUGCGAAUGUAGUUUGGGAGGCCUGGGAGAACAGUGUUGCUGUCGUGUCCUUGAUGAUGGAGAAUGGUGUCGGAGCCGUUGUGAAUACUGAACUGGAGAAGCACGGCUUUUCGACCACUUCGGUUCUUUACGAGCAAGAUAAGCAUGUAUCUUCUGCUAUUUUGACCGGCCAGGAAAGAGGUGUCCUUAGAUGCCAAGAACGCACUUCAUUGCUUCAUCACUGGAAGCUCACGCAGGAGCAGAUAGAUUUGGUUGACAAAGCAGGAUUUGGGUAUUUUAGGCUUAUAGGAUCGAUUAGUUUGAACAAUUCACUUAUAUCUGCACUCGUCGAGAGAUGGAGGAGAGAAACCAAUACUUUCCACUUCCCCUGUGGUGAAAUGACCAUUACCCUUGAUGAGGUUUCUUUGAUCCUGGGUCUUGCCAUUGACGGGGAACCUGUCCUUGGUGUUAAAGACAAAGAUGAAGAACCUGCUCAAGUAUGUAAAAGACUUCUCGGGAAAUCACCCAGGGGUGAAUUGAGUGGUAAUCGGGUCACAGCAAAGUGGUUGAAGGAGAAUUUUUCUGAGUGUCCAAAGGGAGCUUCGAUGAAAGAGCUUGAAUACCACACACGUGCUUAUCUCGUAUACCUUGUUGGGAGCACAAUCUUUGCUACUACUGAUCCCAGUAAGAUCUCUGUUGAUUACCUUCUCUUUUUCGAGGAUUUCGAGAAAGCUGGAAAAUAUGCCUGGGGUGCUGCAGCACUAGCUUUCCUGUAUCGACAAAUCGGCAAUGCCUCUCAACGGUCUCAGAGUAUCAUUGGUGGUUGCUUGACACUCUUACAGUGUUGGAGUUACUUCCACCUGGAUAUUGAUCGGCCCAAGAGAACUCCGCAUCAAUUUCCGUUGGCACUUUUGUGGAAAGGAAGGCAACAGAGUCGGUCAAAGAAUGACUUAUUUAAGUAUCGCAAGGCACUCGACGAUCUAGAUCCAUCACAUGUUAGUUGGUGCCCUUACGGAGGAGAUUUAGACAUUGUGCGGACAAGUUUCAAAGAUAGUAUCAUUCUGGGUAGGUCCAGGACAAGGUUGAUUGGUCCUAAAGUCGUAGAGUGGCACUUCCCGGACCGAUGCAUGAGGCAGUUCGGGAUGUGUCAAUUUAUUCCUGGAGAAGUUCCUCCUAGGAAGAAUGACAAGACAAACCACGAGGAAGACUUAGUAGAAGACGUGAACACAGCACGGGAAGAAUGGAUGAGACGACGAGAGAACAUUGUGCAGAAUCUUGGAGGUGAUACCGACGAAAACGAAUAUAUGCAGUGGUUUUCUACCAUCACGGUCCCAAAGCUUCACAGAGAUACAACUCUUGAGGCCGAUAUCAUGAAUGUGCAAGCAACUAUACUCCAAUUUGACGAGGUAGCGUCAGCUCUAUCACUGGACGAGCUACAUCCAGAAGACAGGGAGCUAAUCGAGGCAGCAGUGAUAACGAUGUCGAACGCGUUGAGGGUAGGAGAUUGGUACGAUGCAUUUACUGGUAACAGCAAUUCCACCAAACGCAAGCGGAGGGAUGAACGUACGCCUCCUAUAGAAGAGGCCGAGUGGAGCGAAUGAGUGACUCGCUCGGAGCGUACAUGUAAGUCCUUACAUUUUAAGCUUUGUUCCUCCUAGACUUUAAAUUUGGUCUCUCUUUCCCAUAAGAAUAAUGAAAUGUUAGGAAUCUCAUGUGGGGUUAUUCCCUCAUCUUUCUUCCGCUUUGUCUUCUGCUGCCGAGAUAUGGUAACAACAAUUCUGCCAGAAUCUGGCAGCAGGAGAACGGGUGAGGAGUUCAAUGGUUAAGAGAGCGAAAAAAAUAAUAGGAGGAAAUAGUUUUUUUUUAAUGUCAAAGCUUAUUAUGUUCAUCCUGAACAUAUAUAUGCAUAUAUAUAUAUAUAUAUAUAGGUGUAUUUAGUUGUGACAAUGACGCUCAAUGCUUGGAGCAUCUGCUACCUGUUUACGUGUGUGUGUGUGCGCGCGCGUGUGUAGAGGCUGUCGGUGUUGUGGCUUGUAAUGUCGAAGAACUAUUAGUGCAUCACGAGGAUGAUGACAGGAGACAGGCCGCACCACCACCAGUUAUGUUCUGAUUGGUGUUUAUUGUCAUUUUGUUAGUAACAUGAUUUAUCACCCAAAUCAAAAAACCAAAACCACUCCUGAUCCCUUUUUCUUAAAUACAACCAAAAGAGAGGCUUCUCUAGUUGGUGUCUAAUUGUUGGUCAGUGUGUGUUUUGUGUCCGAGUAUUAUUGCUUUGGUUUUUCUGGAUUGUUUUUUUUUUUUCUAUUUUUAUUUUUAUUUCAGUUUUUUUUUUAUUUGACUUGUGAGUGAUAUUCAAGGUGAAAGAAAAAUUUCUGAUUAUAAUU